UGACCUAGAUGGCAGCCAAACAGACAGAGCCCGUGACGAUCAUCAGCCUUCGGAAACUGAGCCAGGCAGCCCCAGAACCGCAGCAGAAAGAGACCAAGACAUUCACGGUGGAGGAUGCAGUGGAGACCAUCGGCUUCGGGUGCUUCCACAUUGCACUCUUCCUAAUCAUGGGCAGCACCGGGGUUGUGGAAGCCAUGGAGAUCAUGUUAAUAGCAGUUGUGUCUCCUGUUAUCCGCUGUGAAUGGCAGCUGGAGAACUGGCAGGUGGCGUUUGUCACCACGAUGGUGUUUUUUGGCUACAUGGUAUCCAGCAUCCUUUUUGGUCUCCUGGCUGACAGAUAUGGCCGCUGGAAGAUUUUGCUGCUCUCAUUCCUGUGGGGAGCCUACUUCUCCUUACUGACCUCUUUCUCCCCCUCCUACAUCUGGUUUGUCUUUCUGCGGACGAUGGUAGGCUGUGGAGUGUCUGGCCAUGCACAAGGGUUAAUCAUAAAGACUGAAUUUUUGCCCACAAAAUACCGAGGCUACAUGCUGCCCUUGUCUCAGGUUUUCUGGCUUGCUGGCUCCCUGCUCAUCAUCAGCAUGGCCUCUGUGGUCAUCCCCACCAUUGGGUGGCGUUGGCUCAUCCGCAUCGCCUCCAUCCCUGGCAUCAUCCUCAUCAUGGCCUUCAAGUUUAUCCCUGAAUCUGCUCGCUUCAAUGUCUCCACUGGGAACACCCAGGCUGCACUGGACACCCUGGAGAGCAUUGCCAAGAUGAACCGCUCAGUCAUGCCAGAGGGACGGCUCGUGGAACCGAUCCUGGAGAAAAGAGGAAGAUUUGCAGACCUACUAGAUUCUAAAUACCUUCGGACCACAUUACAGAUCUGGAUCAUAUGGCUGGGAAUUUCUUUUGCCUAUUACGGGGUCAUCCUGGCCAGCGCUGAGUUGCUUGAGCGGGAUCUGGUCUGCGGUUCAAAGUCGGAAUCAGAACCAGAGGUGGUGGAGACCACAGGCGACUCAGGGGAGGGUCUGAGUCCCUGCUAUUGCCACAUGUUUGCUCCCUCUGACUACAGGACCAUGAUCAUCAGCACCCUCGGGGAAAUCGCUUUGAACCCUUUAAACAUCCUGGGCAUCAAUUUCCUGGGCAGACGGCUGAGCCUGUCAAUCACCAUGGGAUGCACAGCCCUGUUUUUCCUUCUCCUCAAUAUCUGCACUUCAAGUGCCGGCCUCAUUGGCUUCCUCUUCAUGCUGAGGGCCCUGGUGGCAGCAAACUUCAACACCAUCUACAUUUACACUGCUGAGGUCUACCCAACCCCGAUGCGUGCUAUAGGGAUGGGAACCAGCGGCUCCCUGUGUCGCAUUGGAGCAAUGGUAGCUCCAUUUAUAUCCCAGGUUUUAAUGAGUGCCUCAUUCUUGGGAGCCCUGUGUCUUUUCUCAUCUGUCUGUGUUGUGUGUGCCAUUUCUGCAUUUACUCUUCCUAUUGAGACCAAAGGACGUGCUUUGCAGGUAAGUGACUCAGGAAGCUCUUGGAGUUUCUUUCAUUUGUCACCUAAAAACUAUUUUUAAUCAUGUGUAUGCAUAUGUGUCUGUGUGUGGGUAUGUGAACAAGU